CGCUGCAAUUAACAAUGCUGCCGCGUGCACUUGUGCCGGCCGAUCUCGAGCGUCGAAUGCCGUACGUCCCGUGCAGUGAAUAGCGAUGCAGAGAGCUCGAAGUGCGUAGCGAUCGGCGCGAGGGAGUCGGUAGGCGGUUGGCGCACCUGGGAGGAGCGAGCGAGCGAGCGGCCCGGCGACCCGGGAGUCGCACCUCGGCGAGCGGUGGGCCGGACACAGGCAGCAGCCAGUGCCCGCCCGUGCCUCCACACGCGCUCCUUCGCCGACAAAACAAUGCGCCGGUGGUGCGUGUAAAUACGCGCAGCGGCUAUUCGGGGAGCAGCCGAGUGCUGGGAGGCAGGGCUCCCAGCCGCCUGUCAUGUGUCAGCGACCCUGAGGCCGCCGCCGCCGACGACGACGACUCUUGUUUAUAUCGAUCACGUGGUGUUGUCAUUCUGACGCGGCGCAUCUGAACGGCGGCCGGCAUGCAGCGCUGCCCGUACCUGCACGAGAUGAAGGAGCGGCUGCUGUCGCAGAGCUCGAACCCCGACCAGACGUCGCUGCCAGACUCCGGCGCCGCCAUGGACACGCGUGCCGCCUCUGACGUUCUCGAGGUGCGCCAGGAUCCCGUCGUAGGCACCGUCGUCAAGCUCAACCCGGACGGCUACGGCUCGCACACGUCGCCCGCACACCACUGCAGUAGCCAGCUGCUCGACGAGUCCGCCGACAUGGACAGCUUCGCGCCCAAGAACGCCAAGACCUCACUCUUCAUUAUUCUCAGCUUCAUAUAUGCCAAGCUGCUGAUUGUUAUUUGUAUAGCCUACGUCAUCUCGGAAGUUGUGACUCAAAACAUACCUCUACAUUAUUAUGAGGGUUUCUUCACAUAUCUGUAUGGAAUGAGCAUACUGUUCUUGUUGUACGUAUUCUGCUUUCUACUGCAAGAAAGUGCCUGCUGUGCACCAGAAGUCCAGGCACCUCCACCUCGGCCCCCUGUCAAAAAAUCUGAUGCAAAGAAGGCAGAAAAAGAGAAGAAAAAGAAAAAGAAAAAAGCUGCUGAAGCAAAGGAGAAAGGAAGUGCAGAAAAGAUGGUAGAACUGGAGUCUGGGAGGCCUGCACGUAAACGAAAAACUUCACAGAACAUUCACAGCCAUGGAAGUUUCUUUCUAAGAGUAGGUGCUAUAGCAUUUGGCCUUGGGACAAUGAUCUAUAAUGGACUUGAAUGUGGAGCUUUCUUCGAAAUUCCCUUCAACUCUCCUUGCUACCAGAUACUUCGAGGAAUUAAUCCAGUGUUACAGAUGAUUUUCACUUUCAUGCAGAUGUACUUUAUAUUCAUGAACUCAAGGCUGAAUAUUCAUCGCUUCAAGGUGGUUGCACGUUUUGGACUUAUGCAUGUAGUUGCUACAAAUUUGUGUGUCUGGAUUCGAACUUUGGUGCUUGAGAGCCUAAAAGAAAUUUCUGCAUACCAGCAUCGACGUCUUGAAUCAUUUUUGGCUGCAGAUGAAGAUAGUGGAGUCGAGUUAAUUCGUGGGCCGAGCAUCUUCGAUUCAGCCCCUGGUGCCCCCACUCUUGGGCAGGGGACAACGGUAGCUGCUGCUGCAGGCGCGGGAGCCACAAGCCUGCAAACGACAGCUAGGACAGCUGCCCACACCAUCGCCCGCAUCACCAACUCUACCUUGCGUGCCAUUCUUGAGGUUACUCUUCCUCCCACAACCCCUAGUACUACUGUUCCAUCCACUACGGUCACUACCACUGCAGCUCCUACAACAACACUGCAUACCACAUCUACUGCAUUCCCAACCACACUUACCACACAGAGUCCUACCACUACUCCUAUUACUACCACAACUGCAUCUACAACCACAACAACCACCACCACUGCUGCUACUAUCCCUACCACUGCUUUGUUCUCACAGUUCCCUACGAUGCUUGAUUCAAUGGACUAUCCCAGAGCUCUUGACGUUAAUGGAAACAGCAAUGGAAGUAUUCCGUUCUUGGAUGGACCUUUUUAUCCAGCAGCUUUAACAAGUUUGAAUAAUGGUACCUCUAUUACAAGUGGUUGUGGCCGGGUGAACAUCAUGGGAACAAUUGUUCAGGAUUCUGCUCCAUACUUGUUUCCAUUUAUAAUUGAAUACAGCCUAAUUGGUGCUGCUGUGAUUUAUGUUAUGUGGAGACACAUUGGACGUCAUCCCAGAUAUGUGGAACAGGAAGAUUUGGAACAACGGCUGGAAGCAAUGUUAUCACGAAGAGCAGUGGCAAUGGCACAAGCACGUCGCCAAGGCCGUGUAGACUGUGUAGGUGCUAGCAAAGGCCUGUUCUGUGGCCUCCUGCUUUUGGUUGCAUCUCUUAUUUGUCUCAUACUUUUCUUUGUGAUGAUACAUCAUCAAGAUUAUGGACUGCUUGCAAUAUACCUGGCAGAUGUUUCUCACUGUGUGUUGAUGUCUCUCAGCAUAAUAGCUACUAUUGUUGGCUUCAUCAGAGUACAGAGUCUCAAAUUCCGUGCUGAAGAGCAGAGUGAUUUGAAUGACAUUCUCCUAAGAGUAUCUGCAUUUGGUCUGUUUGUGUAUGCUGUAUUUAGUGUGAUAGCUGGCUCCUUGGCUGCUUUUCCACAAGAACCCAAGUUGCUAAUUGUGUGCACUGGCUUACUGUCAAUUGUUCAGGUUGUACUACAGCUGUUGUUCAUUGCGGAUGUGGCACGCCGUCGUGUACAUCUCCCUGAACAUGACCGCAGCAAACCUGGGCGUCAAGUAGUAACCUUCCUCUUGAUCUGCAAUGUCACAAUGUGGGUCAUUUACACAUUUGAAGCACAGAAGGUUAUUGCUAAUCCUGUUCAACUUGAUUUCUAUGGAUUCCUUGCAUGGGCCAUAGUGCAACGGGUUACUUUACCACUUUGUAUUUUUCAUCGAUUCCAUUCAGCGGUCACGCUUGCUGAGAUUUGGAAGACUAGCUACAAAGCUCGACUUGAAUAAAAUCUACAGUGCUUGGUAAUUAUUAAGAAUAACAACUUGCCCUGAAAUCAGAACUGGUAUACAUAAAAAAGUGUUAAUGUGUAUGGAUUGACAAUGAAUUUUAUGAUUUAUGAAGAUGUGGUGUGUUCACACACUCUGACAAUGAAUUUUUGCCAUUGGUUUUCAUCUUCUGAAGUUAUUUUUAAAAACUAAAUAUUUAAGCCAAAGAUUAUAUCCUCAUGAAAUUCAUUAACAAUAAUUAUUAAUUUUGUUAAGAUAUUAGGUUUACUGAUAACACUUUAUGCAAUACCUCUCAUUACUCACACUCUUCUUGAAACAAUUGUCAUUAUACAUUACAUCUAAAACUAUUCAUUUAUACAUUUGUGACUUGUUACUUAUGUUACUCGCAGACAUCAUUAUCAAACUUGAUAGUCAUUUUCAUUGAUCAUAAGAAUGUGUCCGAGUCAUGUUUGAUGGUGAGCAUAAAAUAAUGUUGAUGCUAUUUUUGUCUUAUGCUUGUCUUAUGCCCACAACAAUUUGUCAUAUUUAUUUCUUCUGCAAAACUACAUUAAGGAACUUUAUUUCAUAAAAUACAUGAAAAGAAAAGCAUGCAACUGUCAUUUGCAAUGUGCCAUUCCUUGCUGGAAGCACACCGGCAUUAACAUGUCAGCAUCAACAGAUGAAGAGAGUUCAGUAAUGUUUCCGCCUGACUCAUUAAUGUUGACACACUGGAGAAUUUAAUUCUCAUUCUUAAGGUGGUGUUUACCUUCAGAAAUAAAAACAAUAAAAAUUUAAGAAAAGUGAAUGGGUUAAGUAAACUUACCUGUUCAUCCAUGUAUACAUAUUAAGUUUAAGUGUCCAACAAAAUAAUAAUCUACUAAGUUUGCAGAAGAUUGUGGUUGAUCACUCACAAACAAACCACUCAACCUCCGUUACAGAAAAUAAUAUUUAUUCUUCUGUUGAACAUGUUCAGGGUGUAGUCUUGCAGCUGUUGUAGUAUUAUUCAGCUAUUUUUUGUAUUAGAAAGAAACUGAUAUUGAAAUAAAGAUGAUGAUUUGGUGAUUUGACACAAGGCCACGAAACUAUGUUGAAUGCACAUGCCUUGUUGAAAUUGAUGACUUUCAUUUGAAUAUGCAAUGUAAGUAUGUGCCAAAUAAAUAAAAUAAUAUUAUUGUAUGGGCAGAAUGAGUAUAUUAAUGGGAAGGAUAAAGUAAAUAUUCAUUACCAGUACCACUUGAAGAUUACACCAAAUGUUUCACUGUUUUUAUUUCCUUUGUUGUCUGUUGUUAGUUACAAUGUAAAACAACUGAAGCAGAGAUCCCCUUAAAUGCAGAUGCUGCCCACUUUAAAUUAUGUAAUUUUUUCUUCACUGUGUUGUGAACUUAAUGAUUUUUGUGGAAUAUGUAGUACUGAGCAUUAGCUCUAGUGAAAAACACUUCCAUGAUGACUUGAUUGUUUUGUACCAUAAUACACAAAAGUAAAAUUUUAAAAUAAUAAUUGGCUACAGAACAAAGGUUAUACACAAAAAAUGUCAUUAAUGCAUUACUAAACAAAAACUGAAUAUCCUACACUGUACAAAUUUUUGCAAACUAAAUUAACAAUUCUGUGAAAUCACCAAUGAGUAGACUUAAUUAAUACAGCAAAACAGAUGUGCUUUGUUGGAUGAGAAGUAAAUGUGUGUCAUAAAUAGUUAAGCAUCAAAUAUAAGAAUAAAUGUUUCCAACUUCAAAAUGUAAAUAAAAUGGUUGUUUUGUACAUAAUUUAUCAUUGUUCUUGAUGUCUGUUCUAAGCCUGUACUCAAGUGAAAUAAAAAGAAAACCAUGAGAAAAUUUCUAUAGAUCAUGAAACUAUUGCUAAGCAUGGUGCGUACUAAAUUAACUCUUAUUGCUGUUAUAUAUAUCUAUAUGUGGCUAAAGAGGCAAAAGGUUAGUAACACAUUUUGUGUUGUUUCAUUGCAGAUACCUUCAUUAGUAAGUACAAAGUGACAGACUUAGUUAUGUAGUAGGUGAAAUAAUUUGUUACUGUAGGUCUUCUCUAAAAAAAUUCAUUUUGUUCCAUUUUAGCAGUUUUAAACUUUGUGAGUUUUUUGGCCAGCUCUCUUCCUUUUUUUUCUUUUUUUGCCAAUUGUCAGAAUUUUUAUACAUGAUGAUAUUGUGAUAAAAUUGAUUAUUAAGUUUUCAUUGUUUAUUACAUUUCCCUUAUACAUUAUUUACCCAUAGGACACUUUUUUUGAAAGCUAUGAAAAUUUGUGGACCAUGAAGUUCCAAAGAAACAUGAAACCUGUUCAGCAUUUACCAUUCUACUCUUUUGCUUGACUUUAGAAAAUGAAAUAGUACAAAGUGGAUUAUAGAUAUCCAUUACAUAUAUUUUUUCCGAUAUAUAUCAUGAGUUGUGUGUACAUCUAUUAAUGGUUUGAAACUAUAUGUACAUUCACUACAAAUGUUUUCUAGACUCUUAAUACAAAAUAGCCAAAUAUUCUUUUAAAGUGGAUUAAUUAGGUUCUUUAGUAUUGGUAAUAACACAAUGUUUACUGUACUUUACAUGUGGUAUGUGUGAGAUUAUUUGCAAGUACCAAAUGUUUUUAGAGUUUUUAAUGUGACCAAAUUCUUUUUUGGAAAUUUGCUAUGUAUAUAUACACUGUCAAGAUUCUCACUGCCAACUAAUACAGUAUGUGUGAACUGUAAGUUAAUGUAACAUUCAUAAGCAUCUUACAGUGAUUCAGCAGACUAGAUUAGGAUCAUUCAUAUUCCAUAAGCAUUUGACUGAUGGCAGUGUUAAAGUUGUCAUGAAAUUAAAAAAAAGAAAAGAA